GGCCGCGUCAACAUGGCGUCUUCCAUGGAGCUCCGCUGCUGGGGUGGCGACUGGGGGUUGCCGUCCGUGCACGCGGAGUGCCUCGUUGUCAUGGCUUAUGCCAGGUUUUCUGGAGCACCGUUGAAAGUGAAUGUUAUAGAUAAUUCAUGGAACGCACCAAGAGGGAGUGUACCAUUAUUGAUAUUGGAUGGCACUGUUAUUUCUCAUCCAGCAAAAAUAUUAAACUUCUUAAGAAAGCAGAAGUAUAAUGCUGAUUAUGAACUGUCUGCUAGAGAAGGUGCUGACACACUGGCAUACAUUGCACUACUUGAAGAAAAACUACACCCUGCUGUGCUGCACACUUUCUGGGUUGAAAGUGAUAAUUACUACAAUGUGACAAAACCAUGGUUUGCUUCAAGAAUUCCAUUUCCAUUGAGUUGGUACUUGCCUAGAAAAAUGUCUGGAGAAGCACUUAACAGGAUCUUGUUGACAAAAGGGGGCCCUCCACUCUACAGUAUCACUGAAGUGGAAGCACAGAUCUACAGAGAUGCCAAGGAGUGCCUGAAUCUUUUAUCAACCAGACUGGGGACAUCUGCAUUUUUCUUUGGAAAUAUGCCUACUACUCUGGAUGCCUUUGUGUUUGGUUUUCUUGCUCCUCUUUAUAAAGUACCAUUCCCCAAACUCCAGUUACAAGAUCAUUUGAAGCAGCUUCCCAAUUUAUGUCGCUUCUGUGAUGACAUUCUGAGUUGCUACUUAUCAGGCACCUCUCCAGCAGGUCAAGACACAGUUGACGCAAAUCUGCAGAAACUCACACAGCUUGUAAACAAGGAAUCCAACUUGAUUGAAAAGAUGGAUGAUAAUCUUCGUAAGAGUCCUCAGCACCCUCCACGUAAGCUGACAACUCUCAAACUUUCUGCAGCUGGGGAAGGAAAUAGUUCACCAAAUCGUUUAUCACCCUAAGAGCUUUAAUUUCAUAUUUAUGUAUAUACUCUGAUACGAUGACUGUUUCUAAUCAAUUUUUGCACUGAUUCUAUGUGUACAUGAAGUCAGGGAGAAAGGUGAAUUGACCAAUAGGUGCAGGCACAUUCAUUUAACCAAUGCACUCUAUGGUCAUAGCGGAAACAGUAAACGUCCAAAUUGACCACAGGCAGAAUCAUUGAGUAAUCGCACAGUAGUGUACAAGGUCACCUUAAGUGCUGCAUAAUGCUUGUCUUUUAAGGUUGGUACAUUUCUUGACCAAAAGCUAAGCUUCUACUCUUGGGAAUAUGCAAAUACAUCAGCCUUUUGUGUUAGAUUAAGCUUUCAGUUUUGACUGCAUAGUAUGGCUGCACUAGGUUGUUGUAUGUUGGAGUGGAUACUUCAUCGCUUUUAGCAUUUUUAUAGAUUUCUAAUAUUGUUCAAAUAGUGAAAGAAAAUGAAAAUAUCAGCUUGCCAGGCACAAAAAGCAACAAACAGCCAGAAGUCAUUCCCUUUUUAUAAUACUUUUUUUUUGGCAAGGAAUGAUCAGUGUAUGUGAGCCAUUUUUAAAAUAAUACAGGUUUUAAAAGCUCAUCUCAUUCAAUCUGCACUUCAUAUUAGAACCGUUAUUCAGGAUACCCACCUUCAAAACUGCAGUGAUUUCCCCUGCCUCCUAUUCCAAUAAUCUCCCAACCAUCUAGAGCAGCUUUUCAAGGGGCUGUGAAGGGAAAUCACUAUCCCCAUCCUCUGGUGUAAGUAGAACUUUGCUCAUAGGAAGUUUGGAUCCAAUCCAUUAUAUAGUAGCGGCACUGUUUCACUUUAUCCUCCUUAGCUUUAGAGCAGGGGUGCAAAAAGUACAGUCUCUGGGCUGCAGAAAGGCCAGAGACUGUAACAGUAAAAUCAGAAUAAUAGUAAAAAUGCUCUAGGAAUGGACUCUACUGUUCCUGUCAUAGAAGCCUCGUUCCUAGAGUAUCUUAGGGAGCAAUGCUCUAAAGCUCUUGUCGGCUUCUUAGGAAUGCUUUCUAGGAACAGGGCUUCUACAGCAGCAACCAUACAGGCUGUUCCUAGAGCAUUUUUUCCUCUUUUUUUUCUGAAAAAGUUCAAGAUCACUGUGUGCGAUGUCAAGAUUCUUCAGAAAGAGAGAGGGUUAGAGGAGGAAGAAGAGCUAAGAGCCAGGGUUCCUGGAUGGUUGGGUGAUUUGAGAACAGGUUUCUGGUGGAGCGUUGGUUGUAUCUGAUCAAAGUAGAUGCUUGGCUGCUGAAACACUCUUGGGCAGGAGUUGUAUGUGAGUGGGGUGUGCGUGUGCACAUGCAUGAGUGAGGUAUGUGUGUGAGUUGUAUAUGUGUGUGUGUACGUGUACUUAUGUACACACAUGACUCCUGCCAUCCCAGCAGAAAUCCAGCGUGGCCCUGAAGGCCGAAAAGUUGCUCUAACGAUUCAUUACCUUCUUGCUUUUAUAGACUCACCAAUAAGAAAAUCAGAUUUAACUCGGUGAAUUAAACGGGUAUUGACCUGGUUCAAAACUUUGCCUGCACUCUGCUGUGCACACAGCUUGUGAUGAGCACGAGCUUUCCCAGGUACUGAAACAGCAGGAAUAGCCCACCAUUCAGUACUGAGACAUACACAGGUCUAUCCCUGACAGUUGCAGCAAAUAAAGAAGCACUUAUGCCUGCAAGACCUUUGUUCACAUACAAGGGCUUCUGUAUCAAGAGACAACCCUUAUAACAGGCUGACUGUGUAACAUCCAUUUAUAAUGGUAAUGAAAAGCUUAUCAUUUUAGCAGUAGCUGUGUCCCAGGUGAUCCAAGGAAUGUAUGCUUCUAGAUCAGGGUUGGACAACUAUUGGGGGUUACAGCAAGAGGAGGAAACAGGACUUACUGUAGGUAUCUCUGCUAUCUUGCGGGUAUCCUGGCACUUUGUGUAGUGUGGGUGUGUGGGUGUGUAUGCGAGGCGGGGAAAGCACUGUGGGCGCAAAAGAGACAAGCUCUGGUGCUGAAGGAAUUUGUAUAGAAUUUUUUAUUUGUAUCCAAAGGUGCUCAACAUUUCGGACUGUGAGUCCUUCGCCUUAACUCGCCAAAACGGACGGCUCUUUAAAAUUUACAAACUCAGCUCCACCACAGAAUGCUGAAAACAACAGCUUUAGAAACUUCAGACCAUAGUCUGAGAAACUUCAUACUACAGUAGCCUCUUUGCAGCUCGUUACAUCCUGACGAAGGACUCACAGUCCGAAACGUUGAGCACCUUUGGAUACAAAUAAAAAUUUCUAUACGAAUUCUUUCAGCACCAGAGCUUGUCUCUUUUGCGCCCACUUUGUGUAGUGUACCCGCUGGAUUCUGCAUCCAACCCGGUAAGUGCGACAAAAUAGCACACUCUAGAAGCCAGUGGGUCGGAUCUAACGCUGGCCAUCCACUACCAGAAUGGAUUUUCCAGCCCUAUUGUGUCAGUGAAAGUCCAGAGCAAGAAGUUGACUCCAACCCUGUGUCUGCUCUUGCCCCAUGCAAGAUGGAACACAGGCCACACAAAAUUGAAAUGAAGACCAGAGGCUGGCCCAGGGGCCUUCACUAUUCUAAAAUAUAAUUCUGAAUUUUCAAUACAGCAAUAGAUACUUUGAAAAUAGUACUUGGACAAAGUAGCAGCUGCUGUUAACCAACUGAUGAUUUGGUUUCCAAUUCUAAAGAAAUUGUUUUCAUGUGGAUAUAAAAUGCGGUUCUCUUUUCAUCUGAUUUUAUUUUGCCAAAUCAAACAAACUUGAUAGUUUUCUCAAAAUAAACUGCAGUAUUCUGUAUAUGUAGAGAAAUAGCUGUACAAACAAGCCUGUAAAUUGUGUAUAUAACUGUACUUACAAAAUAUUACUUUAUAAAAUAAGGAAUGUAAAGAUCUUUCAUGUAUCUUGUUAUUUAUAACAAUAAUUUUGGAUGUUUAGCAAGAAUAAAUUUAAGUUUCAUGUUAUUUCUAGAAAGUUUUAUUUCAUUAUUUGAAGCUGUA